GAUUAAAAACAAAGUGAAGUGUAUCAUGAAGUUAUCAGGAGUGAACUUUAAAGGAAGUUACCACUGUCGAUUCAGUUUGAAUUAGUCGCGUUUCCAGAAGUAUAAAAGAAGCUGCGGGUGCCGAGAGCCGCAUUACUUUCACUUUCGAUGAAACCUGGAAUUGAAGUUUCAGUAUCUCCAACACCGACGUGAGGAUGGAGAAAAAGGGAAGUAUGAUUGAGGUUUUGGGCGUGCCAGAUGUUGCACCGGCUGAGAAGACAUGUGCUAAACUGCAACUGUAUUUCCUCAAAACCAGACAUGGAGGAGGAGAUGUGGAGAGGGUGGUGUACCCCUGCUAUCAGCCCGGGCAGGCUUUCAUCAUAUUUAAGAAGCCAGAGAUUGCUGCUCGAGUAUUGCAAAGGAGCCCCCAUGUGUUGGAAAUGAAUAAUCAAAAAUACCAUUUGACAGUGAAAGCACCUGAGCAUACUGAGGUGGAUUUACCAGUGGAGGCAACAGUAAAUUUAAGUACUUUCCCCGAUGAGGCAGAGGUGCGAAGAAUCCUCAGGUCACAUGGCUUUGAGUUGACAGAUCUGAGCGGCGAUCAGGUGCGUGUCAAGGGGUCGUUUUUGAAACUGAAGGCUGUGAAGGCGUCUUUGGAGCAAAUUCUUCAAUCGCAAACUAAGACGGACAUCAGGCCCGUCCCAACGGUUUCCUCUGGAGCCAUUUCCAAACACUACAACAGUAACAGCUUGAUGUCAAAUGGUGGCAGAGGCAGAGACAAACCUCCGCAUGCCUCUCCAUCUUCACCCACCACCUCCUCAUCUUGGGCGCCCUUCAAACAUCUAACCGUGCGUGGCUCAAUCAGGUCUAGAAGGGAGUCCUUUGUCGUUGAUGCAGAUGUGUUUAGCUACGCAGACCGGCUCAGGAAAAGAGACAUUGAAACAAUCCUGGUCAGCCAUGAUGUUAGAAUGGAUGUGCGUGAAGUUGGUGACAGCUGCAACAUCACUUUACUGGGGAAUGGCUCGAGGAAAGCUGUGGGUAAACUUCAGAGCCUCCUGAAUGAUCUCAACAAGUCGCUGCGCACACAGGAAGUUCCUCUGAAGCAUGUGGAUCAUGAUGGCCAGGCUCUUUUGGAGAGAAUUCGGAAAGACAAAAAUGUGUACAAUUUAGUGCUGGUAUGUCAGAAGAAUGAUCAACUUCACCUGAUCGGACCAUCUGGUGAGAGCUACAAAUUACAGCAGAGGCUGUUAGGGAGGACGGCUGACCAGUCAGGACGUACAGGAAGGACAUCGUACAGAAGCUCCAGUAGGAGGAGCAGCUCUCUGCCACCACUCAGUCGCAAGUACACAGAAAUAGAUAGUGGUGCCAAUGCUAAUCCAUCUCCUGCAGGAGCUGCUGGUUACUCUCCGCCACACUACCAAGAUGAUAAACAGAAAGCUGCUGAGCCCAAGCGGGCUUUUGUUCGAGGAGGUUGGAAGAGAAGAAGCCACUCUGAGACCCACGACAAAACCCGGGCAGAAAGGGUUAACGAGCAAGAGACGGAAAGCAGACUUCCACCUCCUAGAUCAGCCAAGAAAUUCUUCAUGGAAUUACUAAAUUUCAAAGAUAUAAAGAAAAAGUUUAAAAGUAUGAAAAAAUGACAAAAGAGCAAUGAAGUAAUGUUCAUGAAGGUAGAAAAACAGCACUGAAACUUUACUCAUCUUGUCUCAGGUUACAUCUUAAGCACUACUUUUUGACCAUGCAUAAAUACCUGCUGUAUGCCAUACUGAGUAAUAGGUUUGAGUAUGCAGGUGCAUGGCGUUGUAUCCUAAAGUGUGAUUGAUACUGGAUUCUGGAGGCCAAUAGCAAUACUAAUAUUUGACUGUAGCAUAAAGACUGGAAAUGAGGACACAGCUUGCUCUGUCCAAAGGUAACCAGCCCUGCCUACCAGCACCUUUUAAGCUCAUUAAAGCUGGGGUAGGUAGAAAUCUGGAGGAGGCAAAAACAUGUGCACAAUUUGAAAAUCCACCCUCCUCCUCCUGCUCCUCCCUCUCUGUAAGCCCCUCCCACCAGACAACCACAGACAUACGCGUUUCAUACAGUAACCCAGUGUUUCCUAUAUAUUAAUUUAUUUGAUCCUGUUUCAUGAUAGAGUUUCAUGAUAGAGGUAGCCACUCCACUGUCCUGUCGCAUUACUCCCUACCGCUGUGGACUGCUUCCUCAGGAGUAGAGGGAGUGGCUAUAGUCAGUGCAAACCCCCCAGCGGCAGGUGUUACAGCAGGCUGGUGGCCAGUGGAAUCAUCAGGUCUAACCUGUGUAACAGCAGCAACAGAAAGUUUGCUGAUCCAGUGCUGUUUGGUUCCCUGGAGCUGGGGUUUGUGUUGGCUGGAUUCAGGUUGCUGUGGCCUCUGACUGGGGGUCCAUCUCUGGAGCUCCUGCCAGCUCUCCUCCAGGUGAGGUGGAGAACACAGCGAUUUAAGGCUCUAGCUAAUGUUAGCAACAUUUUCUCUCCAUCUCUAUUAGACUCUCUUUUAGAUCCUCUUUUUGAUAACUCCGUCCUCCUUUUUUGCAUUGCUCUGCAGUGUAGGCAGUUGUUGCCAAUGCUGGAACACCAACUUUUUCUGAAGAUUCUUCGCCAUUGAAUCAGGCUUUCCCUGCAUGCAUCUGCAUUUAAGAGCAGCCAAUAGGAGCGCCCUCCCUGAAAAAUCUCCUGUCACUGCCUAAAUUUUUUAAAGCCUGAAAAAAGAGCCAAGAGGAGGUGCAGAAGUCUAGUGUUCUCUCAGACCACUUGAAUUACAAUAUGUUAUAAGUCUAUUAUAAUAUUUUGGCCCAAUGAAUCCAAAAUAAAACUGCCUACCCCAGCUUUAAUUAACAUUUUAUAUCUUGUCUGUUCAAGCUGUGGCAUUUUUGGGGUCAUGUGCUUUGACAGUUUCCUGGAGAGAGCAAGGAUAGCUGUUUCUACAGCUGUACAAUAUACCGUAUUUGUACUAAGCUACAAUUAGUUGAUAAGCCAUACAGAUAUAUCGAUUGUGCCUUGUAGUUUGGUUUGGACUUUUUUUAUUCAGCUCUGCUUAAUGAUUAUAGUUGAAGUGAAAAAUGCAAAUUGAUCUGUCAGACUGAUGAAUGUUGUUGUCAUGUAGUGCAAUAUACUGAUUUAGACUCUGACACUAUAUUCUCCUGAUGUCAAAAUAUUUAUUGUAUUUGAAUAAUACAUUAUUCAACGUCUUCUGUCAUGAGAACAGUCAGUUAUUUGAAGCCUGUGACUGACUUCUCUUGCAAAGUUGUAUUUCACCAUUGCUAGUUGCUUGCACUGUAAUGACUGGUGAUCGGGAAAUUAUAAACUGAAUGGCUUAAAAUAUAAUUUGUGUAAAUGGGAAAACGCUAACAUUAAUAUUAUGGGUAAUCUGAAGGAUCUUUGAGUGUUAAAUAAAUGUGAUAAUGAGAAUAA